AUGGCACCUGUCAACCUUUCACACAGAAGGACGCAUAAUUUGCUCUUGAUUUCGAAACUAUUGAGCCUGCGUGACACUGCAUCACCCCUCACACUCGUCCUGGACUCUUUGGAGCAACCCGCCACGCCACUCCUAAAAGAAUACAUCAGACGCGCAAAGCUGUCUAAAGUUCAUGUCACCCUCAUCUCUUUUGAAACUUUGAAACAACCCGAUGGGGUCGAUGCAUUUGUAUCAACUCGCCGCAAGAGCCCGGGUGAUAUUAUUAAAGAAGUUAGCGCGGCUUAUCAGUCUGUUGCAGCGUCCAACCCCUCACGGAGACGUCUUAUCCUCAUUGAUUCAAUUAACCCCCUCUUGAGCUCAAAAAGGAUUGAUCCUGGGUUUCACCUGCCCUCUUUCCUUGGCUCGUUUAUUGCCCCCACGUCACCAUCGGCCAAAGUUGAUACGUCACUCGUGGUGACAUACCAUCAGGAUGUCCCCGAACUUCCACAGCAAAGCCCAUACUCGCCAUCCCCUCUUUCGGUGUUAACUUAUCUUGCUACAAGCAUUAUGACCCUCCACUCAUUCUCGCACGUUCUUGCACAGAAGGCCGCUCGCGACCGCAGUCUAGCUCCUCCAGUCUUCGGGCUUGAAGAAGAGCAAGAAGGUAUUCUGCUUAGCCGAUUGGAUAGAUUGACCGGCACUGGAAAGGCAGAGGGAAUUGUCAUUGAGCUGGAGCACAGGAGGAAAAGUGGUCGUGGUGUUCUGGAAUGGUACCUUCUCCCGCCGGCGUCGCGGUAUUCGCCCCAGCAUCUGAAAGAGAUUGUGACGUUGCUUGACGAUAAUGUUCUGUACAACCCACCGAUGGAGCGAGACCAGGGUGCUGGCGACGAAGAACCGACAUCCACAUUUGAAUUGGGUCUCACCGACAGACAGAGGCGCGAAAGAGAAGGUGUCGUGCUGCCAUACUUUGACGCGCAACAUGGCGAUGGGCCAGGCGAGGGAGGCCGGAUUCUCUACGAUAUGGGCGAAGAAGAUGAUUUCGAUGAAGAAGAGGAUGAGAUUUAG